GCGAAGUGCCACUUAAAAACAUCCGUCAAAGUGUUGUUGCUCCGAUAAGAGCGCGGGUGCGGAUAAAUCAAAAGUUCAGUGCCGUGAUUUUGGGCAGAACAAACGAGACAUCCAGCGAGUGACGAAGUAAAGCUUCUUGGAGUAUAAUGGCGUCCGGCGGCUUGGCGUGUGUCAAAUACUUGACAUUCUUCUGCAAUCUUCUUUUUGCGCUCACAGGGCUUCUUAUCUUUCUGGUGGGAGGCAUGGUUCAGCUUAACUAUGCUCACUAUUCGAACUUUGUAAGCGAUCAUAUCUGGACCGCUCCCAUUAUUCUAAUGAUUGUCGGCGCCGCCGUUGCUGUCAUCUGCUUCUUGGGAUGUUGCGGAGCUUUGAAGGAGAGCAGCUGCAUGAUAUUGAGCUUUGCCAUUCUUGCUGUGGUGAUCUUUCUGUUCGAGAUUGGACUGGGCGUUGCAGGUUAUGUGAAGCACUCUGGCCUGCAGCAGCUAAUGGAGGGUCAGUUCAACUUGACUAUGAAGUACUACAAGGAACGGGAUGACUAUCGGGAUGCUUGGACUUUGCUGCAGACCGAGCUGGACUGCUGCGGAACCAAUGGGCCCAACGACUGGGAAACAAACUUUCCCAAUAAAACACUUCCUCCGGCGUGUUGCUCUGUAAUUAACUUAAGCGAGGCCAAGGAAUGCACCUAUGUUCACGCAACCCAGCAAGGAUGCUUGCAGAAACUUUUAGAAAUUUUGGACUCGAAGACUUUGAUCUUGGCCUCCGUUGUUCUGGCAGUUGCUGGAAUUCAGAUGCUUACCAUACUGUUCGCUUGCUGCCUCUAUCGUUCCUUUCGCAGGAGCUACGAUCAUGUUUAGAUUGCGGAGCGACGAUCCGGUUCGCCGCCUUUGAAACAGGAAUACCGAUUUUCGUAGUUUGUAGUUGUCACACACAUGCAAUGCAUUCACAUUGGAUUUUCUUAACGGAAUUCAGUCACAAGCACGUACUUUGAAAUCAUAUCACAAAUGAAUCAUUUGUUUCACUUGCCCAUUGAAGGCUGAUUAGUACAUAUAUCUAUAAAUAGGGCAUAUAUAUUGGUUUACCCGUAGAUUCCCUCAAAAUAUAUUAUAGGCAAACUAAAUAUCUUGACCAAAUUUACCGAACCUCAUUUUUUGACUCCGUUUUAUGGUUUUUAUUAUUUUUAACCAAAGCUUCGUAAAAUCCUCUGCGAAAGCGUCUUUUAAAGACCAAGAAAAAGUGCGCAACAUAUUUUCAACAAUUUUAAACAGUACUUUUUAGUAAUUUACAGUACAUACAUAGCGCCGCAUAGAGACUAAACACAGUCACUCAAAUCACACAUUCCAUGAUUUUACAAAGUGCCCUUGUGUAGACUUGAUAAAUUUACUAUCAGUGUACUAUUAGUACAUCUUAUUUGUUUGUAAGUAAGUAGAGGAGUUACUGUCAUCUCUUUUGAUAAUAAGACUAUCAGUUUCAUUUUUUUAAAUUGAUGUAAACUAGUUUCAAAAAAUUGCAUUAAUGUAAGGUGGUUUCCGAAGCAGUCGAUCAACUAAACUGCCCCCUUUAUAUUUAAAUGUUGAUUUCAUAUUUUCAUAUUUCAUGUCAAAUAUAAGACAUUGAAUAUUUUAGCUAUAAAUUGAUAUCUUCGGAAAAUAUAAGUUGGUUUGAGGCAAGAGCCCAGAAAAAAUCGUGAAUGUUUAUUGGUUGCCUUUGAAAUUAUAUAAUAAUAUGUUGACAUGAAAUUUUCUCAAAACCCCUCUGAGGUAACGAUCUUUACUUUUCUUUCGACUUUUGUUAAGAGAGUUUGUUGGGAAAGCCUAAAGAAUUCUAAGUCACUUUGGUUACCGAAAUAAUAUUCUAAAAAUGAAAUUCUGCUAAUUAAUAUAUAGAAAUACACAUCAACAUAUACUAAUUUUAUUAUUUAAUAAACUAGUUGUUCAUUACAUUCUCUCCUACGAUAUAAAAAGUCUUGGCCUCAUAAAACAUUAAACCAGCAUCUGUACACUCGGAAAAAGGAAAACCAAAAACUAUAUAAAUCGAAUUUACCAUUUCUAUAUUGAAAUACAUAACAUCGUACGUUUGUAAAGCAAAUAUUGCAUGCAAAUCUCGAGGCUUUAAAAGAGAUUACAGUAAAGUUUCUUAUAUCGAUGUUAAUAUAACACACAGCGGCAUAUUUGCAAGACAUACACACUGAUUUAUCUACAGGCCUUACGCUGAAUAUUGAUAAUUAAGUAUCGUAACGUUUUUAAUAUGUAUUUGUACUCGUAUUUAAAUCUGUGUUUAAAAUAAAUGUUCAGCACUGAGAAUUUUUAAAUAAAUUGAUCAUUUUAAGUAAAA